UGCAGGACGCGGCUGCGGCGUUGCCAUGGCAGCCAGGGCCCGGGGUCUCUUUUACCGCGCUGUCAGACCUUAGAAAGAGCAGUGCUCCCACGGCCAUCUCCGCGACCCCGGCCGCUGCGUCCCGACUCAGGCAGGAGGGGACUCAGAGGGACAGCAGGAAGGAUGAUGCGGAGAUACUUAGGGUGGGGAAGCAGGUGAAAGGACGGACGCCCGGCACCGCUGGGAGGCCAGCAUUAUUCUCUAGCAAGCGGAAAAUGAGCGACAGUAAAGAUAGUGAUUCAAAAGAAAGUGGAGAAUACGAAGAUGAUUUUGAAAAGGACCUGGAGUGGCUAAUUAAUGAAAAAGAACAAAAUGAUGGCAGCCUAACAGAGGUGAUUUGCAAGCAGGAAGAGGAUAUUAACCAGGAAUUGAAGGAGAAUGACACUGAAAAAGAACAUAACCAACAGCUUUCAGAUUCUGACACAUCUAUUAAGGACGAGGGUUCUGCAAGAAGAAAUGACUUCAUUUCUGUACCAAGUAUCCAGCCUUUAGAUGCCCUAUCAGAUUCAGAUAGUGAAAACUCUUUCCAAGACUCCAGGCCAGAAAACCAAAAAGACCAUGAAGAAGAUGAGGAUGAGGAAGUAAAAAGAUAUAUUAUGGAGAAAAUUAUACAAGCUAACAAUAUUCUACAGAAUCAAGAACCCACAAGUAGUAAAAGGGAGCGAAAACUUAAAUUCAAAGACAAAUUAGUUGAUCUGGAAGUUCCUCCCCUUGAUAACAAUGAUAUUUAUAGAAAUUCUUUUGAAAAUGAAAAUAAUAUGUCUGGAAAACUGUCACAGUUAUAUAUUUCCAAUGAACUAGAACAAGAAAAUGUGAUCUUGUCACUUCCUGAUAGAAGCUGUGAAGAAAACAAGGAUGGGAAGAUACUGAUCGAGAGAGAUGGAAAGUUUGAACUUCUGAAUUUACAAGACAUUGAGAGCCAAGGGUUUUUGCCUCCCAUUAAUAGUGCUAUUAGUAUAGAAAAUGAGCCUCAGCAGUUGCUCCUCAGAUCUCCCAAUUCAUGUGUCAAUGGUGUGAAGAAAGAUGAACUUGCAGGAAAGAGUCAUGCUAUCACUCACUUAUCAACAGGAGAGCCGUUGGCUUAUGUUCCUCAACCACCAUCCAACCACAAAUCUCGUCCCAGCUCUGCUGCCAACUUAGAUCGAAAUAAAGGAAACAGGAAAUCUCACCGGACACAGUCUGCAAAUAUAUCUCCAGUGACCUCAACAUACUGCCUUUCCCCUCGACAGAAAGAACUCCAAAAACAACUAGAACAAAGGAGAGAAAAGCUAAAGAGAGAGGAAGAACAACGAAAAAUAGAAGAAGAGAAAGAAAAGAAAAAAGAGAAUGACAUGGUGUUUAAAGCAUGGUUGCAAAAGAAAAGAGAGCAGGUUCUAGAAAUGCGAAGAAUUCAGCGAGCAAAGCAAAUUGAAUACAUGAACAAUAGACAGGCAAACAGAGAUCCACAGCUAGCUUUUCGAUUGUGGCUUAAGAAAAAGCAUGAUGAGCAAAUGAAAGAAAGAAAAUCAGAAGAACUGAGAAAGCAAGAGGAAUGCUUAUUCUUCCUUCAAGGAACAGAAGGCCGUGAAAGGGCUUUUAAACAAUGGCUCAGAAGGAAACGGAUAGAAAAAAUAGCAGAACAACAAGCUGUCAAAGAGAGAGCUAGACAGCUCCGACUAGAAGCCAGGCGUACUAAACACAUACAGAACCACCUAUAUACUAUGUCAGAAGCCAAAGCUUUUCGUUUUACUGAUCAGUACAACUGAAGAGUCUAUUAAAUACUUCAUUUGGCACCUGCUGUCAUCAGAAUCUGGAUAUCAUUUCUUACGGCUCUUGUGUUUUGGUAAUAUUCUAAAUUGUGGAAACGGUGUUUGUUUUUUGGUGAUAUUGGUGGUGAAUUUAAAUUUGUUUUUUUUAACACUAAAAGAAAAUAAACUUCUCUCACAGUGUUGGAAUUUAUUGUGCCAUCUUUUUAGUUUUUUAGUUCAUGCAACAAAUGGAUCAGUGGAUGAACUGUUCUACUUCUAAAUUAUUAACAUUUCUAUCUGGAAAAGAUACAAAAUAGGGACAAAUUGCUAUUUAUCAUACCUAUUAUCAUUAAAAAUUGCAGCAGAACAUUUCAUAAAGCAAAAGGAGUAACUUUUUCAUCAAGCCUUUUCUAAGGCCAUAUAUUAAAAUCCCAUUUAUGUUGACUUUGAAUUUAAAUAGUGUAGGACUAAUGUCAGCUAUUAACAUUUAAAAAGACAAAGUAUGCAUAAUAGUAUUUCAGGUAUGCCUCAUAAUAGUAUUUUAGCUAUUUUAGCCAGCUUUUAUUGCACUUAAAAUGUACCUGGUAUUGUUGCAAAUGUUUUACAUAAGUAACACAAUCCCAUGACUAGCCCAUUUGUCUAAUUUUUCUGAAUGAAAAGCCAAAACACCUAGACAUGUGUAGUUAAUUCACAGACACUAGCAACUUUCCCUUUACUGAGACCCCAGUAAUUAGUGAGAUCAUUACUACAUAGACAGUACGUGCCACUUGUGAUAUUACAAAUGUUUUAGAAGUAUGCCAGACAGAAAUUGGGACAUGAUGAAAAUAGAGAUUUCUUACUGCAUCACAAUGACACAUAGGGAUUCACUUCCACUGUUUUGCACAUGCAUAAACAAUUGUCGUGGCACCAGUUUUUGAAAAGAUUAUCCUUUUCUUAUUGAAUAAACUCCACUCUUAUUGAAAACUGAUCAUAGAUGUGUUUACUUUUUAACCUUCAAUUCUAUACCAGGAUCUACAUGCCCAACCUUUAUUCCAUUGGCA